AUGAAGUCCAACUUUACCUUCCAGAACCUCUGCGGUACAGUGUACCGGCAAGGCAACGUCGCGUUCACACCCGACGGCAACAGUGUGCUUUCGCCAGUGGGUAACCGCGUGAGCGUGUUCGACCUCGUCAAUAACAAGAGCCGCACACUGCCGUUCGAGAACAGCAAGAAUGUCGCGGCGAUCGCCCUCUCCCCUGACGGGCAGGUGCUCAUUUCCAUCGACGAGGAUGGGCGCGCACUCCUCGUACACUUCCGCAAGGGUACGGUGCUGCACCACAUGAACUUCCGCAAGCCGGUUGCAGCCGUUGCGUUCUCCCCCAACGGCAAGUACUUUGCCCUCACGCAUGGCAACCACAUCCAGGUGUGGAACACUCCGACGCACCUCGCUCGCGAAUUCGCCCCCUUUGUCCUGCACCGCGAGUAUACAGGACACCAGGAUGACGUGCUCUCCAUCACAUGGAGCCGGACGAGCAAGUACUUCAUUACCACCAGCCGUGACAUGACUGCGCGGCUGUAUACGACUGAUCCGCUUGACGGGUUCAAGCCCAAGGUGUUUGGCGGGCACCGCGACGCGGUGGUCGGCGCAUGGUUCUCAGACGACGAGAAGACGAUCUACACUGUCUCGAGGGAUGGAGCCGUGUUCACCUGGGCGGCAAAGAAGACGAUUGCCGAUGAUGACAGCGACAUCGAGAUGGACAUCCUCGACCUGCCCUCGACCUCGGCCAGCGCUGAGAAGGCGGCCGAGUUCGUCGCAGCCUACACGCGAUGGGGUGUGGCUGCGCGCCACUUCUUCAACCAGGCCGGCACAAAGGUCGCGACGGCGACGUUCCACCCCCAAACGUCGCUCCUCGUGGUCGGGUUCAGCAGCGGCGUGUUUGGGCUGUGGGAGAUGCCGGACUUUACGCCGGUACACACGCUCAGCAUCUCGAACGAGAAGAUCAGCAGUGUCGCCGUGUCUCCCAGUGGCGAGUGGCUCGCUUUCGGCGCAGCCAAGCUCGGCCAGCUGCUCGUGUGGGAGUGGCAGAGCGAGAGCUAUGUCCUCAAGCAGCAGGGGCACUACUACGACAUGAACACGCUGAGCUUCAGCCAGGACGGCCAGACAAUCGCGACCGGAGGCGAGGACGGCAAGGUCAAGCUCUGGAACGCUGCCUCCGGCUUCUGCUUUGUCACCUUCCCGGAGCACAGCGCGUCCAUCAGCGCAGUCGAGUUCACCAAGCAGGGUCAGGUGCUGUUCAGUGCCUCGCUUGACGGCACUGUGCGCGCAUUUGACCUCGUGCGCUACCGCAACUUCCGAACGUUUACAUCCCCGACUCCAGUGCAGUUCUGCUCGCUCGCGGUCGACCCGUCUGGCGAAGUCGUUGCGGCUGGGUCGCUGGACUCGUACGAGAUCUACCUCUGGAGCGUGCAGACUGGUAAGCUCCUGGACAUUCUGAGCGGACACUCUGCGCCCGUGAGCGGGCUGAGUUUCUCGCCUGCCGGCGACCGCGUGGCGAGCUGCUCGUGGGACCGCAGCGUGCGCAUCUGGGGCGUGUAUGGCCGCGACCGCGCGUCGGAACCCAUCACCGUCUCCUCAGAGGCCACAUCGCUCGCCUACUCGCCCGACGGCAAGGAGCUGUGUGUGAGCACGCUUGAUGGGCAGUUGUGUUUCGUCGACGUCGAGAGCUCGGAGAUCAAGAGCGUAAUCGAGGGCCGUCGCGACAUCAGCGGCGGCCGUAAGGCCGACGACGCUCUCACGGCCGCGAACAACGCCGCUUCGCAGUACUUCAACUCUGUUGCGUGGACCGCCGACGGGCGUUGUGUCCUCGCGGGCGGAGCGAGCAAGUACGUCGUCCUGUACGACCGCACCGACGGGGUCAUGGUGAAGAAAUUCACCGUGUCCGACAACUUGAGCUUGGACGGGACGCAGGAGCUGCUCGACAGCCGUAAAAUGACUGAGGCGGGUAACCUGGAUGCUCUGGACGACGCCGCUGCCGACGAGGAGGACCUCGCCGACCGUCUGGCAGCGGAUGCAACGCUGCCUGGAGCACAGCGCGGCGAUUUGAGCAAGCGCCGGACGCGGCGGGACGCUCGUACCAACUGUGUGCGAUUCUCGUCGACUGGCCGGAGCUGGGCCGCUGCCUCGACUGAAGGUCUCCUAAUUUUCAGCCUGGACGAAGGGGCGGCCUUUGACCCCGUCGACUUGGCUCUCGACCUGACCCCAGAGAGUGUCCUUUCCACUCUGGAAAACGGAGACCACCUCCUCGCCCUGGUCAUGGCGCUGCGACUGAACGAGAAACCCCUCCUUCAGCGUGUAUUCGAGGCGAUCCCGCCAGCCGACGUACGCCUCGUUUCUCGCCAACUUCCCACGACACACGCAUUGCAGAUGGUCCGCUUUGUCGCUGAACACGCCGAGUCGUCGCCCCACGUCGAGUUCGACCUCGUCUGGGCCGCAGCACUGCUUACCUCGCAUGGACGGCUUAUGCGCGAACGCAAGGGCGAGUUUGCUCCUGUGCUCCGUGGCCUAUUCCGGGCACUGCAGGAUUGGGAGAGCAGCGUCGCCAAGAUGUGCGACGAUAAUGCGUUUGCGCUCAAGUACAUCAUCUCGCAGAACCGUAAGGCUGAGGUGGAGGCCGAGGCCGAGGCGGGUAAUCCUGCGAUGGAGAAUGGGACGCUGCUUUACUAG